UCUGGGAAAAGAAUCCGAGCCCUUGUCGAUACUGGUGCUACACAUUCAUUUAUAACUCAAGGAACCCUCGGUAAGCUGCGACAUUCGCCAAUACACUCAUCAAAAUCUACCGCACAUCUCGCUGAUCAAAAUACGUCACUUAAAAUACUGGGCGAAGUCAAAUUAAAUAUCAGAGUCAAUGAUGUUACUACACCUAUUACUGCAUUGGUGGUUAAAUCAUUGAACGCCGACUUUAUUCUAGGUGGAAAUUGGUGUCACGACACAGGAGCAAGAAUUGAAUAUGAUAAACAGCAAGUUUCUAUUCGAUCGUAUUAUGGUCGCUCUUAUAUUCCAUACGAUAAACAAAUUGACACUCUAGCAUUAGAUCUUAAACUGUUGAAUUCUGUCUCCAUACCUCCUCGAGAGUCCAUUGUGGUUCAAGCAAAACUUGAUCUUUCUUCCGCCCAAUUUGCUUAUUUUUAUCCUGAUAUUGACCUUCAACAAUCUAAAUGUAUUUCUAUGCCAUCGGCACUAUUGAAGAUCGACAAGUAUUCUACAUUUCUCGAAAUCUAUAAUCCAACUGAAUUUUCACGGACACUGUAUAAAAAUGCCACGUUAGGACAAGUGACUUAUACACCGCCCAAUGUUGCAAAUUUCGAUGCAUUUGAGAAUUCAGCAUCUCUUAACCGAACAUCACCUUCGGUGAACUCCAUCAUCACCUCCAGUACGUCAACACCUGGAGUCACAUUCGAUAAACUAACCGACCAUUUGAACGACCCUUCUCAAAAGCAACAAAUUCGACAAAUUCUGAAUAAUCAUGCACAAAUCUUCGAUAUCUCCAAAAUAACACAAGCCCGCACUAAUAUUCGACAUACGAUUAAUACCGGUGACAGUCUUCCAAUUAGUUCAUGUUCGUACCCAAAAACAAUUCAGCAGCGCCGAGAAAUGCAAGAAGAAAUCCCAAAAAUGAUGCAAAAUGGUCAGAUUCGUCCAUCUAAUUCACCGUGGUCAUCUCCAGUAAUUAUUCACAAGAAGAAAGAUGGUGGAAUUCGUUUUCUCGUCGAUUACCGCAAAUUGAAUUGUGUAACCAAGAAAGACUCUUUUCCACAGCC